CUCAGCAUACAAGUUACAAGGGUUUCGAGUUUCGCGCCAAAAAAGUGUAAAUCACCAUUGUAUUUCUUCUUGUGCUCCGUAUUUUAAGUAACAAUAACUGACUUUCGUACACCCGUAUCCUUAAAUGAUGAACACUUAAAUAGGGAUUAUUGAAUAUAUGAAAUGUUAAUUCAUAAUUAGACUUAUCUAAAAUAUAAAGAACUAGGAUACGACUGCAAGGUGCUAGGCAAUUGACAAACGGCAUUAAUAUACUACGUGUGGCAAACUAUUAGAAUAUAUAAUGGCUAGUGUACAGUCUGGAAUUCCAUUCCGACAGCGUAAAAAGACCGGUAUAACAGAUGUUAAAAGGAAGUCAAAUUUGGAGAAUGAAAAUCUUACAAAUAUCAAACCACAAAAAAGACGCCUUUCAAAAACCUUAAAGGCGUAUGACAAUGACUGUACACCAAACAAAGUUGGCAGAUUAAACAGUAUUACUAAUGAAUUAAACCAGAGCUUUGAAGAUUACACAUUACUUAAAAAGCCAAUUUCACCUUUGAAGAGGUUAACUAGCCGAGAGAAAGAAAUAGAAUUUCUUGAGGACUUUUUGAUCAAUCACCUUGACAAUGAGAAGUCUGCAUCACUGUAUAUAUCAGGACAGCCCGGUACUGGGAAGACAGCCUCUUUGUCAUAUAUUUUACAAUUAGACAAGAUACAGCAAGGGUUCAAACAAGUAUAUAUAAACUGUACUAUGAUGAAGUCAGCUUCAAGUAUUUACACACGGAUAUGUAGUGAACUGCAUAUAAACUCCUCGGGGACAUCUGAGAAAGCGUGUUUGACAGCUAUUGAAAAGUAUUUUAACAAAAAACAUAAAAUGAUCCUCCUAGUACUAGACGAAAUAGAUCAGCUAGAUAGUAAGAAGCAAUCUGUAUUAUACACAAUAUUUGAGUGGCCGGCUCACGACUAUGGGAUAGUGCUUGUAGGUGUUGCGAAUGCCCUGGACUUGACCGAGAGAACAUUGCCCAGGUUACAAGCCAGGUGUUCUUUGAGGCCACAAACAUUGCACUUUGCUCCGUACACAAAGGAGCAGAUAAUCAAUAUUUUCACCGAAGUCUUGGCUAGUGAGGAUCGGACUAACGUGUUUUCGGGACCAGCUUUGCAGUUGUUAGCAGCUAAAAUAGCAGCCGUAUCUGGUGAUAUGAGACGAGCGUUAGACAUUGGCCGACGAGUCGCAGAACUCGCCAGACGAAAUAAAUUUGGAGAAAGUAAAUCUGUUGACGCCAUGUUAAGCGAUUCCACGGUUACUAUUGAACUAAAGCAAGUGUUACAAGUACUCAAUGAUAUCUAUGGAGGUUCGAGUAAAAUUAACACAGAGGUCGGAGACCAAAUGCCAAUGCAACAGAAGUUGAUUCUCUGCAGCAUCAUCAUGCUGAAGGGCAAGAGUAAGGAAAUCUUGCUCGGGAAGCUACAUGAUGUUUAUAAAAAGGUGGCCACAUCUCGCAACAUAGCCUCAUUAGAUCUCAGCGAGUUGUGUAGCGCCUGUGGGUUAUUGGAAUCGCGCGGGGCUUUACGAAUCAUCGGAACUGGUGGGGCGAGAUCCCGAAAACUUCGACUUAACUGGGACGAGACUGAGUUAACCGCAGCCCUCGCUGAUAAACCUCUAAUGGCAGCUAUACUGGCGGAUAAGACUCAUUUCUCGUAGCGUACGCUCAUUGCGUAUACGUACGUUAAUUACGUACUAAAUCCCGAAUAAAACAGUCUUAUCUUUUGACUGAAGUUUUGUUUGUUUUGUAAGUGUUGUUGUAAUACUUUUUUUUACAGCUCGAAAUUAUCGACCUACCAUACAAUUUUUAUACAUAGUGUAGUAUCCGAUGUAUGUUCGUUUCGUUUAAUUGUUCCAUUAAGUUGAUACUAUAAUAAUCUAUCAUUAAUUUACCAUUACGGUGCAUUUGUUUGAAUAUCAUAAGACCAUAUACACAAAGAUAUAAUAAUUCGUUACAUGAGGCCUGCCUACCCACGGUCUGAUAUUUAUAAUUUUAAAAAUUGACAAUUUAGCAUUCUAUUUGCAAAAUAAGUUCGUUACAAAUAUAAAAAUCAUAACUAAACUAAUAUUUCAUAUUUAUAAUAUUAGUUUAGAUACAUUUUUAAUAUUAUAAAAACAAUGUUACUGUAACUGACUCAAGGAGGUUCCCUUCGAAAAUUUAUGACAUUUUACAAUAUGAUAAUAACCACAUAAGCAAGUAUUAUAAUUCCUUUGUAUAAAUUUGUAAGUUAAGCUAAUUAUAUUGCAAUGUGUGUGCCUUAUAAUGAUAGUUCACUUAAUUUUUUUUAAAUUCGACAUUAUUCGACGUAUUUGACGUGAUUUUUGAUAGUAUUUAUUAUUUUAUUAUUUGACUACAAUUAUGAGAUUUGCGCUUCAUGUCUGUCAAUUGUUUAACGUUAUUUUUAUAUUUAGAGAUCUGAAAUGUGAAAGGAUUUAGAUGACGACAGUUUGCAUUUAGAUGAAAGUUAAGUGUUUUAAUGGCUGGCUUUGAUACCAAAUUUAGAUAGUUAUGUAAGUAGAUUAUGUAUUAACAGCAUAUAAUUGUGUUCAUUUUAAUGUAAGUACUCAUUUCGCUCAUUUUAUUAACAAUCUAUAUUGCGUUUAAACAUUUUUUUUCUGUUACUAUCGACAUUGACGUUUAUUUUGUAGUGUGCUUGAAUGUUAUAUUGAAUUAAUGAAUUCUUUGAAUGCAAUUCUAAAUUUAAAAUUGUGUCAAAAUUUAACAUUCUCAUUUCCAAUUUUUACUUUGUUUCCUGAUGAAAUUUGUUAUGUCUAUAAUUAAU